AUCUGUCUUGUGUUUUUGUGGCAAGCGGAGCGUCGUCGCAGCACAUGUGCUCGUGCCCGUCCUCGCGAAAAAGUGAAUCCUAAAGUGUCGUGUAAACAUAAUGAAACGUGUUUUAGGCGCUGCGUGCGUGUUCCCGUGCGCCGGCGGUCCGCAAACUUUGUAGUUGACGACACGACGCGACGACGAUCGCGAUUUGGCGACGAGGAGGAGACUACUAUGUUGACGGCACGAUCGCAUGCAUCGCGAGCAGAGCAAGCAUUGCGGAAGUGCGGUGCCGAGGCAGCCGAGGUCCGGGCGUGGAAGUUGAGCGCCGAGUGUUGACGUCGAUGUCAUGUUUCAGACGGACUGUGAUUCGUGUCGUGACGCCGUGACUGGUUAAGACAAGACCGUGACAGUGCCGUGUGUGUCAGUGUGUGUGUGUCGUGUCGAGGGCGCCCCGAACCUCACCGCCGCAGCCUCCCUCACCAUGCUGCCUGGUGGCGCUCGCCGUCCCACAGUGUGAACCAUAUUGUUGGCCAAUUUGCACCCCAAGGCUGCGGGCUCGCCCCCGCUCCGUGGCGCCUGGCGUCGCCUGCACUGCACCCGCACCCUCUGCGCUCCUUGUCCCAACGCGGCGUAGGCCCGGCUAGCCGUGCAGAGGUCUAGGUUGGGACCUCCGGCAGAGGCCCUGCAAAAUGGCCGCCCCAGCUGCAGCUGCUGCCCCGCAGGCCUCGCCUCAAUCCCCGGCCCUCCCGGCCCCGGCCGCCGAAGCGACGUCGUCGUACGCCGGGGCGCUGCUCAACAAGGACCCCGUCCGACGCGACAGUGUGGACAAAUCAGACAAAGUGGCCCCCAAGGAGUCGGCCGAGAAGGGCACCGGCCAGACGGCAAAGGCCCCCUCGCAGCAACAGGCAGUUGUGGACCCCCCUGCAGCUACCGCAGCUACCCCCGCAGCUGCCGCUGCAUCGACCCCUGCGUCUGCCACUGCAGUCGCCACCCCCACAGCAACCACCACCCCAGCAUCUGCCACCCCAGCCACUGCGGCUCCCGCUGCAAAUCCUGCAGCCCCUAGCUCUAAUGAAGGUAGCUCAGCAGAAAGCCCUGCGGAGGAGAAACAGAAAUUUGUCGAAGCUCCGCUGCCUAAAGUGAACCCAUGGGUUGUCAACAAGAAUGCUGCCUCUGUCAUAACGGGGAAGGAAAAUACCCCUAGUGCAGCUGCACCAGCCGUAGCGAACAAUGCCCCAGUGUCAGUGAAGCCAGCUGUUGCUCCUGCGCCGGUGUCAGCAAAGCCGACUGCUGCGACUCCAGUGGCACCAGUGCCCACCAAGCCAGCUGCUUCAGCGCCGGCAGCACCCAAGCCUGCAGUGCCAGCUGUUGCACCUUCAGUGCCCGCUUCGGUGUCAACACCAGCAGCCCCGUCAAGGACUGAACGGCCAGUGGACGUUAGGGAAGACCCUGUGGCAAAAAGCGCAUCUCAGCCUGUCGCUGUUGAAAACGGAGUCCAAAAGGAAGCCGGUCCAGUUAUUAUCAGAGCUUCGAAGGAUAGGAAGCGAUUUAAUCAGAAGGCAAGCAACUUUAAUGAUAUCGAGGACUGGCCCACUCUAGGCACUGUAAAUGUUGAGCCCAAACACAUUCCCGUGAGCAAUGGUUAUGGCAAGGAGAACAAAUCGAAUUCUCAUCCUGGCAAAAAGAAUGAGGAAAGUGUUGUGAACAACAAGGCCAAGAGAGAAGUCAAGAUUGAGGGGGUGAAGGAGAGCAGCAAAAAGAUGGUGUCAUCGAAGGAUGACAACGCUGCAGAGAAGAAAAAGAAGGUGCCCAAGCAGAAAUGGGUGCCCCUGGAAAUCGACAUCACCAAGAACCGCGGCAAGCGGGGGGACUGGUACCACGACAAGGGGGAUGACAGCGAGUACCUGGAGAACGGCGACGGCUCCAACUGGCGGUCCGAGGGCGACGACAAGGGGCGUCGCGACGGCCACGGUGCACACCGCCCGGGCCCCGGCUCCACCCGCGGGGCCCACGCUCGCUUCGGCGGUCGCGGCGGCAGGGGCGGAGCCAGGGGCGCCGCGCGGGCCGGCCGGGGUGGUGCACUGUCUGGCAGGCCAGACUUCUUCCCCGCGGGCGGCAAGUUCAAUGGCCUUGGCGAGAUGGCGUUCGGCAUGCCGUACAUGGGGGCGUUCUAUUUCGAUGGCACCUCCUAUGGCAACAUGGAUGGCCCUACCUUGCAGGAGCAUGUGAAGAAGCAGAUUGAGUACUAUUUCAGCGAAGAAAACCUGAUGAAGGAUUUCUUCCUGCGGAGGAAAAUGGAUGCUGAGGGCUACUUGCCCGUGACGCUUAUUGCCUCCUUCCACAGACUGCAGGCCCUCACUACAGACCUGGCUAUGAUUCUGGCUGCAGUGCGCAGCUCUGACAAGUUAGAGCUGUUCAAUGGUUUCAAAGUACGGACAAAGGAUGAUCCCUUAAGGUGGCCCCUGCCUGAUGCAGUGGUCGCUAAUUCUGUUCCCUUGACUCAAGCAGCUCCAGCCCAUCCCUUAGGGCAUCAUCCAGGACUAACAACUGUGCCGCUUGCUGCCGGUGUGGCCCCAGUCUUACCGCUUCAUAACUUGCCUCCUCCUCCGCUGCCUCGCAACUUUCGCCCACUUCCUCCCAACACUGUUCCUCCCCCAGAUCUGACCAGGUCAGAUGAAGACUUGAACCCUGAGGUGCCAGCCUUUAUUCCAAACUCUGUUGAGAAACAAGUUGAGAAACAAGUGAAGGACGAAAAUGCCAAGAAAGAGAAAGUCAAGGAACCUGCCCCAGCUAAACCAGCUGAGCGAAAAGAUAACAAGAAGCACAUAACAAAUGAAGAGCGGGAGUUAAUUGAGAAAUGCCUUACACCUAAUCGAAAUGCAAUCCCUAAAGUCACUGAAGUCGCUGAGCCUCUUCUUCAACUUUUCCGUAGCACAGCAGCUAAAAUAGACAAUAAUGAGUUGUGGCAGGAGGUAAAACGGAAAGUUAAAGUUGCUUCCAAAAAAGAGGAAGACCUCAAAAACAAGGAGAAGGAGGUGGAAUUUAAGAAGGCCAAGGAACCAAGUGCAGAUGAUCGUGAAGAGCUUGAUUUCCAGUUUGAUGAAGAGAUUGAUAAUAUGUCCUUGGGAACUCAUCGUACGAAUAAAUUUACAGAUUUGUCAGAGGAUGAGGAUGACUAUGAAUUGCCUGAUCAUGAAAUCAAUAAGCUACUGAUUGUUACCCAAGUAUCAGCACAUCUUCCCGCCCGUUAUUCCAGACACGAAGGCUAUGAUCGCACUGGAGAUUACACAUCUCGUGUAAAAAUGUCUCAAGAUUUAGAACACGCUAUUAAUGAUGGCCUUUCUUACUAUGAAGAUGAGCUUAACGUACAGGGGUGGAUUCCUCAAAGUGGCUCUUACAAAACUGUAAAUGUUAUCACUCAAGAGACAUUUGAUAAGAUGGCCUCCAAGUCUUCUCAGAAGAGCGCCAAUCCUGAAAUUCCGCCACCACCUCCAUCAUCUCUUGUUGCUUCUAAGCUAUCAGCCGAUGCUCCUGAAUUCCAAAUGUCUGGUUCUGGCAAUCAGAAAGGUGCUAACAAAAGGCAGCACCAACGGUUCUAUGCUGUUGUCAAGGAAGAUAACGUACCCAGUAAAGGCAAGAAAUACAAAACACGCCACUCAAGUAAUCCUCCUGUUGAACACCAUGUGGGCUGGAUUAUGGAUGUUAGGGAACACCGACCCCGAACUGCUUCUAUGAGCAGCAGCACUGGUACCAGUCCUAGUGAGGGACAUUUGUCAAGUAGCAUUGGAAGCAUCCCUUCAUCAUUGCCAUCAUUCCAACAUCCAUCACAUGCUUUGCUGAAGGAAAACAACUUCACCCAGCAGGCUUAUCACAAGUACCACAGCCGCUGCUUGAAAGAACGUUCCAAGCUUGGCAUUGGGCAGUCUCAGGAGAUGAAUACACUGUUCCGUUUCUGGUCAUUUUUCUUACGGGAAAAUUUCAACAGGAAGAUGUAUGAUGAAUUCAGGACUAUUGCUUUAGAAGAUGCGAAGGAAGGAUUCAGAUAUGGAUUGGAAUGCCUCUUCCGCUUCUACAGCUACGGUUUAGAGAAGCGUUUCAAACCCAAUCUUUACCAAGACUUCCAAGAGGAAACAAUUAGGGACUAUGAAAGUGGCCAAUAUUAUGGACUAGAGAAGUUUUGGGCAUUUUUGAAGUACUACAAGCACAGCAAGAAGCUCGCUGUGGACCCCAAGCUGAAAGAAUAUCUAUCUAAAUUCAAAACUAUUGAUGACUUCAGACUGUUGGAGCCCCCAGAAGAGAAUGAGCGAGUGUUGUCCUUGAAGUACGGGCGUCGCAACCGCAGCGCCUCCGAAAGUUGCAGCUAUGACAGCCAGCCUAGCCACAGCGCCAGCCAGCAGGGCCAGCAGGCCCCCAAGCGCGUGCGUCGCCUCUCCGGCAGCCAAGUGCCCUUCAGCAACAACCCGCGGCGUCGCACCAACUCCUUCGGGUCUGGUCGUAUCGUGAAUCCUGGCGGCCCAACUCGUCGAAGAAGACUGAAUUCAGUCGAUGACAGUCGCUCAAAUGAAACAGAUAACAAAACCAAUGUGUCGGUGAGCAAAGCAAGAGUGAACUUCAAUCUAGGUGAUGCUGAAUCGAAACCAAAGGCCAGAAGUGCAAGUAAAAGUCCUCUGAGGCCAGCUCUCAAGCCCACAAACAAGGUUACGGCUAACAAGGCUCCCUCAAAUUAGUUUCACUGGGCCAGGCCUUUUACUGUGGUUCAUGUUGGAGGGCAUUCUGUGAGAUACCAGGGUCUUACACCAGGAACUGUCAAAUGUUUUUUAACUGUUUAGUUGACUCUUAAUUUUAGUAUGUUACUUCCUGUCUCUGUCUUAUCUGUUUUGUUGAACAGCUCAGAAUUGACUUGUGUGAUAAAGCAAUUUGUUUGCUAGCAGGUCUUUGCUUAGACCUUUUCUGGUAUGUACUGGUAUUUUCUUUUCCUUGUUUGAGUUUGGUUUGCCUUCUAUGUGUUUACAUACCAGGUGUGGUGUCUUCCAAGUUCCACAUUGUGUUUUGACAGUGAACAUUUACUUAUGAAAGUUAUGAUGACUAUUACUUUAUUUUUUAUCUGAAAGAUUGCAUUCUACAUUGACUUCAGGUUUUCUGUAAAAUGUGAUCUUAAAAUUGAAAUUGUACCCAUUUUUGUUUCUAGUUCUUUUUAUUUUAUUAAUAUUAACUCAAUGUAAGAUGGACCUCUGUAAAACAAGAUCUGUCUUGCAGCAACUCAGGGACUCAAAGAGUUUGGAGCUCAUAAAAGUGCUGUAUUAUAUUUUUGUUUUGGUAGUUUUAUCUUUUUGAUUACUUUUAAAUUUGAAAAACUCUGAAAUUUAUCAAAAAUCUGUGACUUUCAGAUUUUGGAUUCUUUAAUAUUUGAGAAACAAAGGCUGUGAAGGUCCAUUUGUGCCAAGGGGGGAAAAUACAAAAAAAAAAAAAGGAAACUGAGUUCAAUAACUAGGGUCAGAAUACGAUCCCUUUCUGUUUAAAAAUGAAAAUGGUGUACUCUAUUUUAUCCUUUUCUAAUUGACAGUGAGAUUGACUAUAUAUUUUUAGAGGAUGUUACUCAGUUGUGCCGGUUGUGUGCAGGGACAUGUGAGACAACCGACAGAAAAAUGGACACGGGGAUAGGGUACAGAUGUCUGUUGUCACUGGCUAGCAAUGUUGCCUUUCUUUUUUUUUUUUUAACUGGAUGACUGAAAUGGACUGAUACUUUUUGAUUUACUUUUGCUGAGCUAAGAAACCCUUUGCUUUUGUUAAUACAGCAAUUGACUGCCUCUUGGGUGUGUUACAUGUCCUUCGUUUUGUGCCAGCUGCUGAAUUUAUUUUUAUGCAAAUUAUAAUGUUACUGUACCAUAAACUUCCGACUUUAAGGGAAUGAUGUAAUAAUGUUUCAAGUUGUAUAUUCCUAGUCCAGUGUACAUAGACUAACAGUUUCAGACAAGUGUACUUGAAUUGGAGGAUAAGUGUUGCAAUAAUUCAAUUAUUAGUCAUGAAUUGUUGCACAUUUUGACUGUUACAAGGAGUGGUCAGUCAGUAAUGUGUACCAAGAUGCUGGAAACCUGCAUCUGUUAGCCAUUAUUCAUGUCUUUACUCCAUGUUGUAGAUUGUAUUAUAAGAGCUGAAAAUCAACUUGUUGUGAGUGUCUGCUUUUAUCAAGGUUAUUCGAAUAUAUACUGACCACAUUAAAAGCGGCACAUAAUUUAUUUAUUGGUGAUCCUGAGUGACCAAUAAAUCAAUGUGCUGAUUUUCUAUCGCAGACACUGUGUUUGUAAUUAAUUGAUUAAUUAUUAUUAUUAUUAUUGAACUUGUUUUGUUAAUAUUAUGGUAAGAAUAAUCAUGACCAUUUUUGAAGAAUGUGUGUUGUUUUAAAGGGUUUUCUUUUGCUUUGUUCAUGCAUUACUUUCAUGCUAAUGAAAAGUAUAGCUGAGUUUAAGUGGACGAAAACGCUUAUGCAACUGGAACUAAUGCAUAGUGUUUUCCCUCUUACUCUUUUUACUUGCUCAGGUUUGAUGUUAGCAUCAAAAUGUUUUGUAAUUUGUCAGCUUUAUGCCACAGGAUAAAUGACCUUUCUGGCUCAUUUCUCAGCUCAAAUGUGUUAAAGUCUGUCUCUGUGGUAGCUAUUUGCAGCAAAUGUCGUGAUGUCUUUACCCAUGAAUGUGCAAAUUAUGCAAUGUAAAAUUGUCCUGCUGGUAUCCAGCUUCUGGAGUAAGUUCCAAUUCUUGCUGCCCUGUUGCAAAGUGUGCACAUUUGUGGUCUUGACCAGUUGAUAGCUAAGUAGUUAGGAUAUGAUUAAUUUGAAGGAGGUUUGUAUAUUUGUUAGACUUAAACAAAAAAAAAUGUUGCACCCAUAUUUACUUUUUCCUGAGCUGUACUUAACUUACAUCAGCGCAGUGGAAGUAGUACAAGUGUGUUCCACUCCUGUUAUCUCAAUCAAAACUGCCUUACUGCAGUCAGUCGAAUUUCAACUGGAAAUUGUUCUUUGGUUGCAAAGACUAGUACAAAUUUUUUUUUACUCAUACAUUUUGCGCCUGUGUCUGUCCACACCAGCCUUUCAUAAUGGAAAGUGCAUUGUGAACUAAAAGAGUUAUACUUUGGAUACAAUGUUCAGUAAGUUUGAAGUAACUUGUACCUCUUUUCUUUUUUUCCUUAGAGUAGACCCAUAGCUUUAAUCAGUAAUGUAUUACCUUUAUGUUUAUUGGUGAAUAUCUUAAGUUUUGAAGUGAUGGGCCAUCAACACGCACAUGCACCUCACUUUGCAAAUACGCUUUGUUUCCUCCUGAUUUUGUUAUUGUUUUAUAUGGGAGCAGUAAUGGCUUUGUUUUUUUUCCCCUAACAGAUUCUGUUGAGUAGUGCAAAAUGUUAUAUUAUUUUUUUUGUUAAUUUGGCUGUGGAUGAUUGAUAAGCGUAAUGUAGGGCACAAUUGCCCAUCAAUGUACAAACUCCAUUUUGUUUUUCCUGUAUUGCCCAUUAAACAAUUCGUCUCUCAUCAAAGAAGUAUGCGGUUGUGACUUGAAAA